AUGUCCAAAUUCAAAGAGUCGUCCUUUCACCAAGAGAACAAGCCAAAGCCGAAGGUGACCACGGCGCCCAAGCUACCACAAAUAAAGAAGACUCACAAGAGUAAUGCUUUCUUCCAAGAGUUCCUUGAAACGGGGAAAGCGAACUGGAAGAAGGCGCCUCCCGAAGUGAGAACUCGAUACCGUGGGAUUUUCCUCGUGCUUUGCCUGAUACCCAUGAUCAUUUUUCCCCUGAUAGAGAUUUACAAACGUCUCGAAGGUAAACUGGUGAAAAAGGUGAGACAAGGGGAGUUGCUUGAAGGUCAAGAAGUGCGUCCAUACUCGGAGGACGAAAAGUGGCAAAACGAAAGAAACAGUCUCAUGUAUAAGCUCUUCGGUAAGGACUGGUUCUUGGAAGGGUUUACGCUGAAGACGAUGAAGGAUGAAAGUGAUCUGACUAAAUAA